AUGGAAUUCUUUGUUAACGCGUUACACUUUCUUGAAGAUACGACAACUUCUAGUGCUCCUCAAACUCGACGGUAUACGGACCGGCGUCGAGAAAUUGGUCUUGCCACUCUUUUGAACGAUUGGUUCGUUCAACAACCAAAAUACGAAGACGAUUACUUUCGAAAGAAGUUUCGAAUGGACAAGACCAUGUUUUUAGAUAUCGUGCGCGACAUUGAAGCAAACUUCCCGUAUUUCCAAGAACGUUACGAUGCAAGAGGAAGAAAAAGUUUUACGGCGAUACAGAAAUGCACAUCCACCGUUAGGCAACUCGCGACGGGUAACGCACCAGACGAGUAUGACGAGUACUUGUGCAUGGCAGCCAGAACCACACGAGAGACCCUUGAUUAUUUUUGUGACGCCAUCAUUCGGUUGUAUAGCUGA